UUUCCAAUUGGAAUUGUUUUCACCUAUUUAUUAAUAGAAUUUAGUUAACCUGUUUCACUAAUUGUUCUCAUCAACCAAUAAAUCGUAUUAAUCAAUCGAGACGAAGAAAAAAAGGAAAUUAAAACAGAGUGAAAAUAAUAGUGUUUUCCUAAUUCACUUUUCUCUUCACAAUUUUGGUUAAGGUAAAAAUCAUCAGGAAACAAGAGAAAAGGAUAAAUGAUGAAAAAGAGUGGAAUUGUUUUCGAUGAUAAAAAUCUCCUAUGUAAAGCUAAUUGUGGAUUUUAUGGUAAUCCAGAAUGGGAUGGAUUCUGUUCAAUGUGCUACAAAAAUCGUUCUUCUUUAAUUAGAUUACAACAAUCAACACCAUCAUCGAAAAAUUCAUUUGGUAAAAGUGAUUCACUGGCUUCUCUCAAUGAUAAUCUACAGGGUUUAUCAUCUUCGUCUCGUCUUUCACCAAUUCUUGGUUCAUCUGGUUCUCACAAUUUAUCGGGCCACUUAGCCGCUGGAAGCACAACAACAACAACAAAUUCUUCAUCGUCGAGUCAACAACAUACGCCAACAUCAACUUCGCCUUCAAGUUUCACCAAAUUUGAGGAGAAAAAGAAACAACAAGUUGAAAAACGAUCUAAAACUUUACGUUCUAUUUUUAAAUUAUCUUCCAGAGGAUCAUCUGGUCUUCGAGAAGGAUCCAAUUCGAAAACAACUCCAACUACUGGUUCUAUUAACAGUUCUCUUCCAGCCUCAGCCGCAAGUCGAUUAACUGCCCUGAAACAGCAAAACUUUUUCAGUCUUGAUUCUCUGUCAUUAGCUGGUGAUGAUGUUCUCAAUCGACUGACCUCUAGUUCAGUUGGGUCAAGUGUUCUUAACACUCUUACAUUGAACAGUAGCUCAACUGAUGGACCAUUGGAAGAUAUUCACAAACAAGUUGCCAAAGUUGUCGAUAAAUUGAACACUUUGUCCACCAUUGAAGAAAUGAGUGAAAUCGUUUAUGAAUUUUAUACUUCAAUGGCUGAACGAUUCUCGUCCAAUCCAAUCUACGAAGAGGUUGUCCAAGAAUCUAUUGAUCAGUUGGUUGAUUAUACGGAAACGCGAUUACUUAGCUCAAUUCAUAAUUCAAUUUUUACCCAAAUCUUGACGGAAGAUGAAGAGAAAGAUCUUAUUAUGCAGAAACGAAUUAAAAGUUUAAACUGGAUUAUGACGGAACAUCUUGAAUUAGAUCUUGACCUGAGGAAUCCCGAGAUUAGCGAUAUCCUGGAUAAAGCAAUUUCCGAUAUAAUAGAAAUGGGCUCAAAGCAAAUUCCUCUUGAAAAGCUUGAAUGUAUUGUUAACUGUUCAAAAGCCAUUUUUGAUCUGCUUCAGGUCGCUCGUAAUGGUCCCGUUUCAGCGGAUCAAUUUUUACCCGCUCUUGUUUUCGUAGUGAUUAAAGCUAACCCACCGUUACUUCAUUCCAAUAUUAAACUGAUCAACCGAUUUUCCAAUCCAAGGCGUCUCAUGUCCGGUGAAGCGGGCUACUAUUUCACGAACCUUUGCUGUGCCGUUGCAUUUAUCGAGAAACUCAAAGGUGAAUCACUAAACUUAUCCGAAGAUGAUUUUAAUUCUUACGUUAAUGGUGAAGCACUUCCACCAGGUUAUAUUCAACAAUCAGCUUAUCUCAGUGAACCUUUACGGAUAAUGUAUUCGAAUGCUGUUCUCCUUAAAUCCUUGUACGAGAAACAUUCACAUUUUGAUAGCGAAGUUAUCGAAUUGAAAGAGAAGAUGAAAUCUUUUCGAGACUCGAUGAUGUCCAAAAUUGAUGCCGUUUCCAAGGUGCCCCAAGUGACCGUUAGCCAAGAAUUACGAAGAAAAGUUUUCGGAUCCCGAGUAACCUUAUCACCUCUUUACGAUGAUUUAACUCAACCCGAAAAAGAGGGAAUCCUGGUUCAAAUUGAAGAAGAUUAUCCAAAUCCUAAUCCACCUUCACCACCAUCUUCAUCUUCAACGACAAUAUUUACACAACAACAACAAUCAUCAUCAUCUCAAUCAACAACAACAACAACAACAACGAUCGAUGCAACAUCUAAUAACGAUUUAUUCAACAAUCCAAUCAUGUCCGGUCAAUUUGACGCUGAUUCUGAACAAGUUAAUCUUCCCGAACCUCUAUUACCCGAAAUAAUACAAAAAUGAUGACGAUAAAUCAAGAAGAAAAAGGCGACACAAUUUAGAAAACAAAAUCGAGGAGAAAAAGCAAAUUAAUCUUAAUCAGUUUUCCAAAAAAACAAUUAAUUCCACUGCUCAUGUUAAAUCAUCGUAAUUUCCACUCUACAGUUUCCAUUUUUCGCCCUGUGUCAAUUUCUCCGCCGAGUCUUUAGUGUUUCUAUUUUAUUAUAUUCCUCUCAUACACUAGUCUUGUUAUCGUAGUGAAUUAUUAUCAAGUAUUAAUCACGAUUGAGUUUAAAUUGUUUUUAAUCCUCCGAAUUUAACUCAACACGUGGUUAAAUUGUGCUUCAAUUGUAAAUUAUGUUUCUCCUUUGUUGUAAUUUUUUUCCCCUUUAAAUGGACAAUUUUUUUUCUCAAUCAAGCAUUUACUUGGAAAAAAUUUUCUUUUUUGUCAAUUUUUAAUUGUUCACUUUUUAAACUCAAAUUUAACUCAAUUUAAGAAUCAAAUUGUUCAUCCAAACAAUUUAAUUAUUACUAA